AGAGAGCUGUACUGACUGUUGCUCUGCUGUCUCUCUCUGCAUUGCAGCCCAGCGCUGGCUGCUGGAAGUCAAACCCAAAUGGCGACGUCCAGCUCCAGCAGUAACCCAUCAGCAGCAGCAGCCUCCAGCCUGAGCAGCAGCAGCGCGCAGCAGCACCCGACCCAAAGCCAGCAGCACAUCAGCAGCACCAUGAGCAGCAUGCAAGGGUUUCAGAUAAACCUGUCUGGACUUCCCCAAAGUAAACGUAAAGCCCUGAAGUUAAAUUUUGCCAAUCCUCCAAUCAAACCUACUUCCAGAAUCACUCUGAACACUGCCGGACUUCCUUUCCAGAACCCACACAUAGAACGGCUGCGAACACACAGUAUCGAGUCAUCUGGGAAGCUGAAGAUCUCUCCGGAGCAGCACUGGGACUUCACGGCAGAAGACCUGAAGGAUCUCGGAGAGAUCGGCCGAGGAGCGUAUGGCUCUGUCAACAAGAUGAUGCACAAACCCAGCGAACAAAUCAUGGCCGUCAAAAGGAUCAGGUCGACGGUAGACGAGCGAGAGCAGAAGCAGCUGCUGAUGGAUCUAGAUGUGGUCAUGAGGAGCAGCGACUGUCCCUACAUCGUCCAGUUUUACGGAGCUCUUUUCAGAGAGGGGGACUGCUGGAUAUGCAUGGAGCUCAUGUCUACCUCCUUCGACAAAUUCUACAAAUACGUUUAUUCCUCUUUAGACGAAGUGAUUCCAGAGGAGAUUUUAGGAAAAAUAACAUUAGCUACUGUGAAAGCACUUAACCACUUAAAAGAAAACUUGAAAAUUAUUCACAGAGACAUAAAGCCAUCAAAUAUCCUCCUGGACAGAAAAGGCAACAUUAAGCUGUGUGAUUUUGGCAUCAGUGGGCAGCUGGUCGACUCCAUUGCCAAAACCAGAGAUGCAGGCUGCAGACCGUAUAUGGCACCGGAGAGGAUAGACCCCAGCGCCUCCAGACAGGGUUAUGAUGUGCGCUCAGAUGUGUGGAGUUUGGGAAUCACGCUGUAUGAACUGGCCACAGGACGGUUUCCCUACCCGAAGUGGAACAGCGUGUUCGAUCAGCUGACGCAGGUGGUGAAGGGCGACCCGCCGCAGCUCAGCAGCUCAGAGGAGAGGCAGUUCUCCCCCAAAUUCAUCAACUUCGUCAACCUGUGCCUUACAAAGGACGAGUCAAAGAGGCCAAAGUACAAAGAGCUUCUGAAACAUCCCUUCAUUCAGAUGUACGAGGAGCGUACUGUAGACGUGGCCAGCUACGUCUGCAUGAUCCUGGAUCAGAUGCCCGCGUCUCCCAGCUCUCCGAUGUACGUGGACUGACACUCAUCCACGUGUGCAAAUGAGAUGGUGUAAAGAUUUGCUUUAUCACAGAACUGCAGUAUUAAAACGGGAAAGCGUACACAAGAGCACCGGCUGCGGCAGAACGGUGUUCAAUUCAAGCUCGACUGUAAGAUACCUCCUACCCAUGAUUCUCUCUCUCUCUCUCUCUUCACUGUCUCUCUCUCUCUCUCAUCACACACACAUCUGUAAAGCGUAUAAACACACACGCAUCUGAUGGGACAUGCGGUGCUCAAACCGCCCCGAUCUCUCUCUCAGAAUAGUGAUUUUAAACAGAUAUAAAAUAAUGAAUAAUAAAUAAGCCUGGAAUUGUAUUUAUACUUCUGAAAUCACUUGUGGAAUAUAUGAUUCGGAAAGCCUUCGACGUACUGGAAUCUGCUCGUGUCUGGUCCCCUCCUCUUCAUGUAUGUGAUAUUAAACACGUGUUUUGUAUGUUAAGGUGACUGACGCAGAGGUGGCCGGGGUUUCUGUAACGAGGACAUCCUCACUGUACAAUGACUAUGUGCUGAUAUUAUAAAUAAAACUGAGGAAUAUGGAAAGGA